AUGGAGCAGCGGCCUAGUGAACUCGUUCCAUUGUCGGUGUUGUACCACAGGUCGUCUCGAGAAGAAGAGCUCGUCAGUCUCUCCGUAGACAACAUCCGGAGAGCUCUUUUUAGAUUCAGGACCGAUGGAGGCAAUGGCAACGGUGAGGGCGGCGCCGAUGAUGGUCCGGUCGAGAUCGAGGAGAGCCUGCUCAUCGAUCUAAGCGAGGUGUAUGUCGGUAAAAUGAUUGGAGAAGGUCAUCACUCCAUAGUCUUUGAAGGACUGUACGAUUCCAGGUCAGUCGCAGUGAAAAUCAUACGGCCUUAUGGAGAAUCACUGACUAAUGAUGAUUACAAAGAGAGAUUCAGAAGGGAGGUAAUGAUUCUCUCCAGGUCCACCCACCAAAACAUUGUGAAGUUUGUGGGGGCUAGAGCGGAACCAGUGAUGCUGAUUGUGACUGAGCUGAUGAGAGAUGGCAAUCUCCACAAGCAUCUGACCAGCAUUCGGCCCCAGCUUCUGGAUCUGAAGCUCUCCAUUGGCUUCGCACUCGACAUUGCUGGAGCCAUGGAGUAUCUGCAUGCUAACAACAUCAUCCACCGAGACCUCAAGCCAAGCAAUCUGCUCCUGACGGAGGACAAGAAGCAUCUUAAGCUGGCAGAUUUUGGGCUUGCUAGAGAAGUAUCCACUGAAAUGACCGGUGAAAUGGGCACUUAUAGGUGGAUGGCCCCAGAGCUGUACAGCAUUGAACCAUGCCCUAGGGGAACAAGGAGGCACUAUGAUCACAAGGUGGAUGUCUUCAGCUUCUCCCUGAUUCUGUGGGAGCUGCUCACCAACACGACCCCAUUCCAGGGGAGGAGCCAUGUACUCGCGGCCUACGACACAUGCCGAAGCAUUAGGCCCAGUGUGGAGUCCAUUCCCCGGGAGAUCAUCCCUCUACUGCAGUCCUGCUGGGCGCACGACCCGAGCUGCCGCCCCGAGUUCACGGAAGUAACGGGCUUUCUCUCUGGCGUCCUCGACAAACUGGUGAGCCGAGCCGAGGCGGGGGCAGGACUGGCCAAGGAAGCCGACGAGGAUGUCGAGAAGGCGAUGAUUGUGGAGGCGCCCAAGGAGGGCAAGCAAAAGAAGAGCGGCGGCUUCUUGCCGACCGUUCGCGACUGCUUGUAUUAUGCCUGCUCGUGCAAAGUGGCUAAGUGA